GUGUGACAGUCAAAGCCGGGAGGAGACUUCAGCUCACACCAUCAUGAAGUCCGUUUUUAUGGUGGCGGAAAAGCCGUCGCUGGCACAGUCUUUAGCUGAGAUAUUAAGUAACAAGAAGUGCAACUCAAGAAAAGGUUUCAAUGGAGCAUGUAGUGUUCAUGAGUGGACAGGCAGCUUUUGUAACCAGAGUGUUCGGUUCAAGAUGACAUCGGUGUGUGGUCAUGUCAUGUCUCUGGAUUUUCCUGGAAAGUACAAUAACUGGGAUAGAGUUGAUCCUGCCGAGUUGUUCAGGUGUCCAACAGAAAAGAAAGAAGCCACAGCCAAGCUUCGCAUGCCUGAAUUCUUAAACAAGGAGGCGCGAGGUUGUGAUUACUUGGUGCUGUGGCUUGACUGUGAUAAAGAAGGAGAGAAUAUUUGCUUUGAGGUUAUUUCAUGUGUAGAAAGUUCCAUGAACAGGGCUUACAGAGAGCAGACCAUAUUUCGAGCAAAGUUCUCAGCAAUCACAGACCGUGAUAUUAAGGCUGCCAUGAACUGUUUAGUAGAACCAAACGAAAAUGAGUCUCGAUCUGUUGAUGCGAGACAGGAGCUGGAUCUUCGCAUUGGUUGUGCAUUUACAAGAUUUCAAACCAAAUUUUUCCAGGGAAAGUAUGGCAAUCUAGACUCCACCUUAAUCUCCUUUGGACCCUGUCAGACGCCAACUCUUGGGUUUUGUGUCGAGCGUCAUGACUUCAUUCAGUCCUUCAAGCCGGAAACUUACUGGGUAUUGCAGGUCAAAGUGGCUGUGACAGAAGAAAGGCAGAUGAACUUAGAGUGGGAGAGAGUCCGAAUCUUUGAUAAGGACGUGGCCAACUUCUUCUUGAAUCUUGUCAAGGAACAGAAAAGGGCCAAAGUUGUGAAAGUGACCCUGGCUGAGAAGACUAAACCAAGACCUUUAGCUCUGAAUACUGUUGAGUUGAUGCGUAUUGCCAGUUCAGGCCUUGGAAUGGGUCCUCAGCAUGCAAUGACCAUAGCUGAGAGGCUUUACACACAGGGCUACAUCUCCUAUCCAAGGACAGAAACUACACAUUAUCCUGAAAAUUUUGAUCUCAAGGGUGCGCUGAGGAUUCAGGAAGGUCACAGUGACUGGGGCAGUACUGUCCGUGAAAUACUGAGAGAUGGCAUCCAGAAGCCUAAAAAGGGACAUGAUGCUGGCGACCAUCCUCCCAUUACACCAAUGCGUUGUGCCGACAGAAACCAGUUGGAUCAUGAUUCUUGGCGGCUAUAUGAGUAUAUAACAAAACACUUCAUUGGUACUCUGAUGCCUGACUGCAUCUACCUCAGUACAACCAUCAAUAUUUCAAUUGGAGCAGAAAACUUCAGUGUGAGUGGAAAACAGCUUCUUGACCCAGGCUUCACAAAGGUGAUGGACUGGCUAGCUUUGCAAGAUGAGGAAAAAUUACCGGAUGUCAAGUCUGGUGAUGAAUUUGCAAUUUUAGAAACACGAUUAUCUGAACGACAGACAUCCCCACCUGAUUACCUGACUGAAGCAGAAUUGAUCAGCCUGAUGGAAAAACAUGGCAUUGGCACAGAUGCAUCAAUUCCUGUACACAUUAACAACAUUUGUCAGCGGAACUAUGUUCAAGUCUCCUCAGGACGUAGAUUAGUACCAACUAGCCUUGGUAUUGUGCUUGUUCAUGGUUAUCAGAAGAUUGAUCCUGAUUUGGUACUGCCUACAAUGAGGAGUGCUGUAGAAGAACAGCUUAAUCUUAUUGCCUUAGGAAAAGCCGACUUUAAUGCUGUUUUGCGACACACUCUAGAGAUCUUCCAGUUAAAGUUCCAGUACUUCGUUAAUAACAUAGGAGGAAUGGACGAGUUGUUUGAGGUUUCAUUUUCACCGUUGUCUGCAAGUGGGAGGCCCCUAUCAAGGAGGCAGCAAAGGAGAACUGCAAAACCUCACAGCAAGACUAGAAGAAGCAGUGAAAGCUUUUGGAAUGGAGAUAGCACAGAGAAAAGGAAGAUUAUAUUGCCCACACCAAUUAAUAUCAGCCUCACUGUUGAAAAAGUAGAAGUAGAGACCCUCAUAUAUGUAGAGUCAUUCAUAACAAAAGAAAGUACUUCUGUUAAUGGAAUGGAACAGCAUAUGGAAAAGUAAGGUGAUAAAUGUUUCCAUCAAGUCGAAGCUUUACAAGUAGCUGAUAAUUUUAAUACUUUUGUGUGGAUGUGAAACCAAGACCCUUAAUGCUGAAAUGGAAGGAUGGAUUCAAGUUUUCAAGAUGAAGAGCUAUUGGGCAUUCACUACAGUGAACACAAGAUGAACGAAUACAUUCUGCAGCAAGAAAGAACACUAACAGGGGAACAAGACCCCUCCUGGCAACUGUAAAAUGCUGAAAAAUGCUAAAAUGCUCUCUUGGUUUGGCCAUGUGAACCACCAUGGCACUUUGACCAAAACCAUCCUACAAGGAACUGUCCCUCAAUGAAAAAACAUGUUUAACCCAUUGCCGCCGGGGAAAAUGAACAAAAAAUGAGGAAAAUGCUGUGCCUAUUUUCUAUACUUUUUUGUUAAAUGUCUGCCCAUAGAUGGCUCUGUUAGCACCUGAUUUGAAAUGGUGGGAAAAACGUUUUUUUCACUAGUGCCAUGAAUAUCGAUGGUGUUAUUUUUAUCAUAAACAUUACAGUUUUUAUAAUGUUUUUUAACAUUAGUAACAACAAAAUAAGAUAGCUUAAAAUAUUUCGUAAAUCAAAGAAAAGGGUGAACGGGCGAGACAGGCGGUACUCGUAACUGACUCAUUGGUGAUUUAGUACAAGUGUAGCCAUCUAUGUGUGAAAACAAUCUAACAAGUAAUCUCACAGUGGGCAUGGCAUGGCAUGCCUGGCGGGAAUGGGUUAAAGGAGCUAGAAUUGACAUUGUUUUUACGUAUCUGAACAUGUUGCGAAAUACAUUGGUUAGGCACACUGUUAUGAACAGUACUCUUGAUACUUCACCAGGUAUUUACACUAUUCUGAAUAAAGACUGCCCCAAGAUUUACAUAGGUGAAAUUAAUGAGUAUAUACUUGAUGUUAACUCAUUACCGCCGGGGAAAAUUAACAAAAAAUGGGGGAAAUGCAGUACUCAUUUUUUAUAUUUUUGUGAAAUAUCUCUGCCCAUAGAUGGCUCUGCUAGUCCUGAUUUCACCUUUCCUUGAAUUGGCGGGAAAAAACGUAUUUUUACUAGUGCUAUAAAUAUAGACGGUGUUAUUUUUAACAGCAAAUUAGGAUAACGUUAAAUAUUUUCGUAAAUCGAUGAAAAAGGUGAAUGGGCGAGACAGGCAGUACUGUAAUUGGCUCGUUGGAUACUUAGUACAAGUGUAGCCAUCUAUGUGUAAAAACAAUCGAACAAGUCGACUCACAGUGGGCAUGGCAUGUACGUACAUGCCAUCCCCGGCGGCAACGAGUUAAAUAUGCCAGAAAAUCAAAUGCGUGUUUCGUUCAUUUACAUGAUGGCCACCAGCGUAAGUGGAAAAGCUCCGUUAAUUAGAAAACUGCCAAAUUUUAAGCUGAGUGAUGGUCACUGGGGCUUGGAUGACCUUACCAAUCAUUGUUAGUUAGUAGAGCCUUCUCCAGACUCUUAGCCCUUGACCUUGACCCUUCUAUCGAGCCCUGAUUCAGCUCUUGUUCGUUCUGCCUCUCAACCACUAUAUAAUCCUGUCAAAAUUUUCUCCAUGUAUCCAUUUCAAUUAAUUAUAUAUCUGAAGAGGAAUUUAUGAAGAGUUCCAUAUGUUAUGAUUUAAUUUCUUAUUAUGCCUGUUUUCCUUUUCAUCACUGUGUUUAUA